AUGUGGACCAAUCCUGAGCUGAAAAGAGCACAGGUCAAUAGAUGGACCUCCAUUUACAUGAACGCAUUUGAGACUUAUUGCUUCCCGUGGGACCACAACUCCCGGCAUGCAGCCCACGUGGGCAGCGUGGCUCCCAGUGGAUUUGACAGGCAGAGUGGAGGCAGAGAGAGGAUAGAGGCGGCCGUGUUCUUCUUCUCUCUCCUCGACUGCUGCAUGUUCAUCUUCCUCUCGGCCUACUUCAUAAUUACAUUGUUUGAUUUAGAAUGUGAUUAUAUUAAUGCUAGAUCAUGUUGCUCAAAAUUAAGCAAGUGGGUAAUUCCAGAGUUGAUUGGCCAUACCAUUGUUACUGUGAUAAUGCUUGUUUCCUUGCCCUGGUUCAUCUUCCUUCUCAAUUUACCUGUUGCCACUUGGAAUAUAUAUUGUAUGAUUUUAGCUUUGAUAAAUGACUGA